AUGCCAUUCAAACCCUCUCGGAUCCAACGCCUCAGCGUGGUGACGGGCAUAUCAAUGACAUUCUUCAUCGCUGAGAUAUCUGUCGGCUUUUAUACAGGCUCUCUCGCUCUCAUUGCCGAUGCCUUUCACUAUCUUAGCGAUGUCGUCGGGUUCAUGGUUGCGCUGGUCGCCGCCAUUGUCGAGAAAAAGCAUUCGCCACCGCCGUCCUUCACAUUUGGGUGGCAGCGAUCCCAAUUACUCGGUGCAUUCUUCAAUGGAGUUCUACUGUUUUCACUUGGGAUUAGCACAUUCUUGCAGUCAAUUGAGCGGUUCAUCAGAUUGGAGAAGCACGGCCACGAAGACAGACACGAUACCCACCGCGAUGAGAAUUCAGACACCGAACAAGCCAUCAUCCCACACAAACAGCCCAAGCCCAAGCCAAAGCCAGACCUCGCUCUAAUGGCAGUAUUGGUACAUAUCCUGGGCGACUGCGCAAACAAUCUCGGAAUAAUCAUCGCCGGCCUCAUAAUCUGGCAGACGGAUUACAGUGGACGUUAUUAUGCAGACCCCGCGGUGGGAAUGGCUAUUGCAGUGAUGAUCUUCCUCUCGUCUCUUCCUUUCAUUAAGCGAGGCGGGCGUAUGCUGCUCCAGAGCGCUCCGGACGGCGUUGAGCCGGAGAAUGUGAAGCGUGAUUUACUACAGAUUCCGGGAAUUACCGCGGUGCAUGAGCUUCACAUAUGGCAGUUAAACCAGGAGAAGUCCAUUGCCUCCGCUCAUCUCGUCCUCGAAAACGACGAUGAGGUAGACUUCUACAGGCUUGUUAAGACAGUGAAUGAGCAUUUCUAUGGAUACGGAAUUCAUCAUGCUACAAUCCAGCCGGUGGCAGUAGAUGUGAACCAGGAAGAUGUCAGUGUUGCUACAGUGGAGAGUGGCAAGCAUGGAAGAAUGGAAAUGACUCAGGUGAGAAGUAUUUGGUAG